CCCUUUCUCGCUCUUUUUCCAACUCCUCAAUUCCUUUCCCUUCCUCCUUUCGCGUCCUCAAUCUACGUUUUCUUCACACCUUCACAAUGGGCAAGACCAAGUCUACCACCAAGGGCAGCAAGGCCGCUGACCCUCUCACCAAGGUGAAGAGCGCCGCCGUCGCCAAGGCCGUCGAGAGCCCCAAGUCCAAGACCAAGGUGGCCUCCAAGAAGUCCAAGAAGGUCGUCGAGCCCGAGUCCGAGUCCUCCGACAGCAGCGAGGAGGAUUCCGAGUCCGAGGCUUCCAGCGACUCUUCCGACUCUGAGGAGGAGGAGAAGCCCACCAAGAAGGCUGCUGCCCCCAAGGCCGCCGCCAAGAAGGCCGAGUCUUCCGACUCCGACUCUGACGACUCUUCCGAAUCAGAGGAGGAGGAGGUCCCUAAGGCCAAGACCAACGGCGCCGCUAAGAAGGCUGAGUCCUCCGACAGCGAUGACUCUGAGGAGGACUCUGACGACUCCGACUCUUCUGACGACGAGAAGACUGAGAAGAAGGCUGAGGCUAGCUCCGACUCCUCCGACUCCGACUCCGAUGAGGAGGAAGAGACCUCCGACUCUAAGGAAGCAUCUGAGACUGAGACCAAGGUUGAAGAGCCCUCCAAGAAGCGUAAGGCUCUUGACGAGCCUGUCAUCCCCGGCAAGAAGGCUCGUACCGAUAUCUCCGACAAGAGCUCUACUCUCUUCGUCGGCUCCCUCGCCUGGGCUGUCGAUGACAACUCUCUGUACGAGGCUUUCCAGGAAUUCUCUGACCUCACCGGUGCCCGCGUCGUCACCGACAAGGCCACCGGCCGCAGCCGUGGCUUUGGCUACGUUGACUUUGCCACCCCUGAGGCUGCUGCCGCUGCCCUUGAGGGAUCCCAGGGCCGCGAGCUCGCCGGCCGUGCUAUGAACAUCGACUUCUCCGGCCAGAAGCCCGCUGGAGAGGGUAACCCCCAGGCGCGCGCUUUUGACCGCGCCCAGAAGCACGGCGACACUGUCUCCCCCGAGAGUGACACUCUCUUCGUCGGCAACCUUCCCUUCGACGUUGACCAGGACACCGUCCGCGCUUUCUUCAGCGAAGCUGCUGAGGUCACCAGCGUUCGCCUGCCCACUGACCCCGAGUCGGGCAACCUCAAGGGCUUCGGCUACGUUUCCUUCAACUCUAUUGAUGAUGCCAAGACUGCUUUCGCUCAGCUCAACGGCCAGUACGUUGGCGAGGGCCGCAGCGGCCGUGCCGUCCGCCUGGACUAUGCCGGCCAGAAGCCCCAGCGUGAGGGCGGUGGCUUCGGUGGCGGCCGCGGUGGUGGCCGUGGUGGUGGCCGCGGUGGCUUCGGUGGUCGUGGACGUGGCGGUGGUGACCGCGGUGGCCGCGGUGGCCGUGGCGGCCGUGGUGGAUUUUCUUCCACCAACCGUGGUGGCUUCGGCGACUUCAAGGGCCAGAAGGUCACCUUCUAAACGGUGACGCAAGCUGCACACUUAUGAUGGUUAAUCAGAGGGCACUACGCGGGCAUUCCUGUGGGCUACUGUGGGCUGUCGGUUCGAGACAAGUUUCUUUCCUACGGGAAUUGUGGGCUUUGAGAGCAGUCUUUUCGGAGACAAGAUGGACCUGAGGGCUUUUCAUUUGGGACCGUGGGCUUGUGGCAGUCUCAUGCUCCUACACCAUACCAGAGCGAGACGAUGCGGGAUCUGUACGCUAUUGUGGGUUGACCAAGAGGGCAUAUGUUGCAUUGCGGCAUCUUCACAGUGGGCAGACGGCUUAUUAUCAUGAAACUGGGGAAGAAUCUCUCUCGGUGUCUUGCAUCAUUGCAAGUCGCGUUAGAGGGGACUCAAAGUUCUAGAUGACGACGGCUUCUGUGGGCUCUGGGGGUUGCUUUCAAUAGCUUUGGCUGUCGACGACUUUGUGGCUGGUCAGGCGUUUUAUUAUUCCCUUUCGGUUACGGUUACUCUUGAACUUGGAACGAUACCAAUGCAAUGCGACGCAGGACCAAUGGAGUAAGUAUACCUUCUCCCCCGUGAAUGUCAUUUCAAAAGGCAUGCAUAGUUGCCAGGUGGACUUGGCGUUUGGGGACCGGCUGUUAUUAUAAUACAAAAAGUUUUGAUCUUUUUCUCGAUGAAAUUAUUACAUCUUCUCCGCGAUGCGUGACCGUGAAUGCCGUACUUUGAACAUGGUGUGGCCGUCUCGUGUGGGACGUAAUGUGGUGUUCGUUUCUCCCCUUCUCAGGAGUUCGCCCGGAUCUUCCCCCGAUCGACAGUAGCCUCGUGCUCAGCUUCCCGGCUGGCAGUGCGUCAUUGGGCGGCACGAGGUGCGCACUCAGCCCCGUGAUAGGAAAACCGACGGCCCCAAAUGUCCUCAGUCCCCGCUAGAACACUUGUCCCCUGGUCACCCCGCGCCUGUCUAA